UCUCCAACCAUCACCACCUUCACCUUUAUCUCCAGCAUCUCGACCUGCACCGCGGCAGUGAUCCUUUGCGUGAGCCUGCUUCUCUCAACUCUCGACACCUUCGUCCUUCUAUAAACUCACCCAUUUAUCACCAUGGCUGAUACCUCUGCUGCCUGGCCUCUGGCCGACGAGAGCCUGACCCAGAGUCUCCUGGACCUUGUCCAACAGGCCUCUCACUACCGCCAGCUCAAGAAGGGAGCCAACGAGGCCACCAAGACCCUUAACCGUGGUACCGCCGAACUGGUCAUUCUCGCUGCCGAUACCUCCCCCCUCGCUAUCGUCAUGCACAUCCCCCUUCUCGCCGAGGACAAGAACUGCGUCUACGUCUUCGUCCCCAGCAAGCUGGCUCUCGGCCGCGCCUGCGGUGUUUCCCGCCCCGUCAUUGCCGCUAGCAUCACCACCAACGAGGCCAGUGACCUGAUGGGCCAGAUCCGUACCCUCAAGGACAAGGUCGAGAGACUCAUGCUGUAAAGCAUGUUUCAAGUCUCUAUUCCUGGGGCAUUUUAAGGCGCGGUCUUAAUCGCCAUCAAUCUUGUCCGGUUUUCUUUUCCUUUCCGACGGUAUUUUCCUAAUCCGUUCUUCUUUCGGUGUACGGGUAAAAGACGGGGAAAAUCUAGCUUAAAGAUGACAUGUUGAUGAAAGAUAUGGUGGAUGACAAAUUGCGUUUUCGUUCCAAGAUCCAUGGCCGGUUAUAGAUGGACAUCUUGUCCUUGUUCCCUCAGAAUCGUUCCUGGAGCGAAGUGCAAACCAAGAAAAAACGUGUUGUACACAUACAUCUGCUAUGCUUUGGAUUAGACAGUUAUUGGCUUAAAUGUCGAAUCUGCGAUUACCGGCUUGCGGUG